AUGAGUGAACACGAAAUUGGCGCAAUGCCGCCGGACGCAUCCUCCGAGCCAUGUUUCCAGAGGCCGAACAAGCGUCCUCGAGUUGUGGUCGCGUGCCUAAGGUGUAAAACAAGACGUCAAAAGUGUGACAACAAACUACCGGCCUGUUCCAAUUGCGCCAGGGCAAAGCUCAACUGUGUCUUCCCGGAGAACGAGUAUCCGCCAUCCUAUGUCAAGGCACUACAAACCCGGGUUGCAUGGCUUGAAGCACAGCUGGACCCCUCGCGGCCGACUCAACCAGGGGAGCAUCUGCCCGUCAGCGAUAGCAAUGAUGCAGCAGCAAACUCAGAGGAACGAACAGCUUCUCAGCCUAGUACUCCAAACUUGGCCAGUAGUGUUGGCUUAUUGUCUCUACAGGCAGCGGCCGAACCUCAAUACUUUGGAGUGUCAUCUGGGGUGUCUUUGGCCUUGAUGAUCGAGUCAGCCGUCUACGAGAAAGCACGACCUCUUUCCGGCUUGAGUUUACCUGCGGAGACGGUUGAGAGUCCGUUCGCGAGCAACAGUCGAAGUGCUCCUCCAACCGCUACAGCGCCUUUGCUACCUGUGGAGAAAGCGACUUCUUUCAUGACCGCCUACCUAUCCUAUAUUCACCCUAAUUUCCCGUUUCUUUCCAAGAGACAGUCAUGGAAACUUCACCACAAUCGGCAUGAAUUAGAAACUUCUAAUUCUAAUGAAGCACGCCGUGAUCAUGCGGUAUUGUUGUUGGUGUAUGCGAUAGGUUCUCGCUGUUUGAAACUGGUGGGAUCAGAAGGCGUCGCCGAAUUGGAGCCGGAAAGCCUUUAUCAUUCAGCCAUGGCGAAAAUACAAGAUCAACUCAACGUUCCAAGCGUUCAGAAUAUCCAGGUUAUCCUCUUGGUUGCCAUCUAUGCUUUGCGUUCGCCAUCAGGCUCCAGCAUAUGGCAUUUGUGCGGUUUGAUGAUUAGGCAAUGUAUCGAACUGGGACUUCACCGGCAACUACGAAAAGAUGAUAACACGGGCCAUUCGGAUGAAUUUAAGAGGAGGCUAUUUUGGAGCAUCUACCAUCUGGAACGGAGAAUUGUUCUAGUUUUGGGAAGGCCGUUGGCCAUAGCCGAUGAUGAAAUCGACAACCCACUACCCACCGAGAUUGAGGACGACCAUUUCCAGAACACCCCAGAGCUUGGAGAGGCCGACCGUGAGCACCCGGCGUGGAAUCAAAAUAGCCAGCCACGGGGACCUCCCACAGGAGUGAGUACUGACAUCUUAUUUCACGUUCACAAUGUUCGGCUUGAUCGGAUCAACGCGAAGAGCCGUCUUGCUCUCUCCCGUCUCGCGAAGGCGGAGCGGGGUGCCAAGGUCGAGCAAAAGAUUGCGAAACGAUUCCAAGAGCUUGAGGACUGGAAAACCGCUAUCUUUGGUCACACCACCGGAGGUGACACCCCGACGGACCUGAUGUCGUCUACUUUCAGAACUCCUAUUCAAACGCCUGUGUCGAGGCCUGCCCUGCCGGAAGCACAGCGUCUUGCGUUGCUGCUCAACUAUCAUCGAGCUCGCCGUAUGGUCCUCCAGACGAUUCUCACCGAGAUCCAGUUGUUCAAUCAACCAUUCCCAUUUGCUUCCUUUGCCAAGUCAUCCGGGGAAGUCUGCCAGCUCAACCGGCGACUUCACCGUAUACGGUCUGUGCCCUUCACCCUGCUGGAUCUGCACUCGGUUUUUGUCGCUGGGUUCUCUAUGAUUUACUGCGCGUGGUCCGAUCCUGGUCUCUACGAUGCUGAGAUGGCGGCUGACUUGGGUGCUUGCUCGACGGUGCUGUAUUUGAUUGCCGAACAAUGGGGCGAGGGGGCGAAGAAAUACCGUGACGCUUUCGAGCUGAUUGCGGGGAAGACGGCAGAAUAUGUCCUCAGCCCAAGGCGUUCACAUACGAGCGGCCAACAGACGCCUGUAUCUGUUGCCCUCCACGCACCGCCUCGCACAUCGGUUGCCCCAAGCGAGACAGUCCUGGGCGGUGUGAUGCCACAUCCGACCACUUCUGGCGAUGAGAAUCGAGCCAGCAGUGAUGGUUGGACAAAAGAUAGCUUCGACGUCUGGCAGAUGAUGAAUGAGUUUGUCCAAACGCAGGACAGUGAUUUCGAGUGCGAUCCAGUCAACUUUAGAGAGAUCGAGGCUUUUUUGACAGAAGAGGGCUUGGGAUGGUUCAACGGGGGCACGGGUACGGGCUUCUGA